UGUUCAAGCAUUACCUGCGUCCUCAAUGCAAUGUCAAGCAGGCUGGAUUCGUAGUGGACUGAGUUGUUACCGUCUCGUCUCGACAUCUAAAAUAUGGGAAAAGGCAGAGACAGACUGCAUCACUAGAGAAGGACAUCUCGCAUCCAUCGCAUCAGUCACCGAGGACUCUGUCGUUUUAAGCUUGAGAGGUACAUCCAGCUCAGACAGAAACGACACAUGGAUUGGUUUGCAUGAUCAAGUUGUUGAGAAUACGUUUGUAUGGUCCGAUGGCACGAGUAGCACAUACACAAACUGGGAUACUGCGGGCAAUGAGCCUAGUGGCAGUGGUGAUUGUGUAAGAAUAAGAUCUGAUGGAAAAUGGAAAUAUCAAAAUUGCACAGCUUCAUAUCCGUACGUGUGUGAGUAUAAUCUCACCCGCUCUACAACACAAACUCCGACAACUUUGUCAGCCACGACAUCACUGUGCACACCAGCAGAUGCAGUAAAUACCAAGUCUAGAUCUGCCAUCACCGUUGCACCGUCUCCUUCUACGGCAAUCUUUGCUACAUCUCCAACCACAGCUUCAGCCACAACAGACAGCUGUACAAGCAGAAUUCCCACCACGUCAUCGCAAAUUACAACACAAUAUAUAUCCAGAACAGUAUCACCAACUGCCACAUUGUCAACUACCGCUAAAGCCAGCACACAAUCGAUUUUUACACGUUUUUCCUCGGUUAAUGUGACAACGCGAUCUAAGUCAGUACCAACAACUGUUUCGUUAACUGUCGCAGACGAGACCAAAGCAAACUCUUCAAACACUUCAGUGUACGCUGGAAUUGCCGCUGCAAUUGCAAUUAUUGUCUUAAUGGCGUCUGUAAUAUUUGCAUUUCUUUUCUGUAAGAGAAACAAGCCGAAGUCCAACUUACUUCAAGCACAUUCGUCAGAAAAUUUGAAUUCAAACGGCGUUGGUCCAAACUUUGCAAAGGCAGGCGCUUACUUUAAUAAACGCGGGUCAGCAGCAAAUGUCAGCCUUUACUGUGAGCCUACGACAUGUACAUCAAUGAUGAACAAUCCAUUACGAGAACUGGCCCAAAGUACAAGCGCAGUUGCUCAAGGAGGUAGUACGACAAGCUCUCACUCUACUAGACAAGGGUCAAGAAAGGAUGUUGACGUUUACUGCGAGCCUAUCACAGCAACGAUAAGCCAACCGACAGACGAACUAAUCGAAGUUUCCGAAGAUGAAAAUUAUUAUUUAAGGUUCACUCCCUUAGAAAAUUUGACAAAUACCAAACAGUCGUGCAAACAACAAACGAAAAAUUCGGUCGCAAAGAAAACUGCUACUGAAGAUGAAUACGUCCGAGCAAGACUAAUUAGUGACAACCCCUUGACUAAAGUAGACGUCAAAAUGGCCGAAGUUGUAACCAACGUUGUAGAUGCUGAAAACGCAGAAACGUCAUACGAGUUAGUGGUCAAACCGACAAAAAAGGGGAAUAUGAAAGGCUACCGAAAUAUGGCUUACGAGAAAGAUGCCCUAGAUGCAACUUCGAACGGGCAAGACGUUGACAAAUCGACUUCUGCAAUUAGAAGCGAUGACGAUAAAUUUUGGGAACCGGCUACCACGGAACAGGAACUUUACGGUCAACUUGAAGGGAAGAGAUUCAGACGCAUCGACAGACGUGACGUCAGAAACAGACAAAAAAUCGGAUCAGGAGCAUUUGGCGUCGUAGAGAAGGCAAUUUGGAGAGCGAAUGAUAGAGAGAAUAUACCAGUGGCGGUAAAGACGCUGACGAAUGAAACUAAUGCCAGUGAUCGCGUCAAAUUUCUUCGUGAGGCAGCGAUUACUGGUCAAUUCCGACAUUCAAACGUCGUCCGUUUAUAUGGUGUUGUCACUCUCGGAUCUCCAAUAAUGCUGGUCUUGGAAUACCUGCAAAAUAGUGAUCUGAAAAUGUAUCUUGAAAAGCGUAAAUUAGACGGACAGUGUUGCCGUUCGGGUUUCGAAAAGACGCUGCUGAAAAUGUGUCGUGAUAUUGCAAACGGAAUGGAAUAUCUUUCGCGCAAGUCUUUCGUUCACAGAGAUGUAGCGGCAAGAAAUAUUUUGUUAAGCAAAGACUUGACGUGCAAAAUCGCAGAUUUUGGGUUGGCACGUGAAUUGUCUGACGACACUUACUACACAAUUACAGGCGGGAAAUUGCCUAUAAAAUGGUGUGCUCCUGAGAUUUGGAAUUAUAAAAAAUAUUCGUCUGCUAGUGACGUGUGGAGCUAUGGAGUUGUCCUCUACGAAGUGUGGUCAAUAGGACGACGUCCUUUCGGUUUAAUGAGAAACAACGAGGUGAUGAAAAAGGUUGAGACUGGAUAUCGUCUUCCUCCUCCUCCGGGAUGUUCUCGUUCUCUUUAUCAUCUCAUGAUUGACUGUUGGCAUUCUGAUAGCCACAAAAGACCCAAGUUUGGAAACAUUGUGAAGAGGCUUGGAGUAUCUGACGAACUACUUCUGAUCAACAAAAAGGAAACUUCGAUAAAGGGAAAUCUUGGAGACGCUCUACACGUGUCAGACAACUGUUACACAGACUUGCAACACAUUUAUAUGCAAAAUGCUGAUCAUCAAACGUCGCAUAUCUAUUAGCUGGAUUUGUACUAUAUUUACGAGACGUUUUUAAUAAGCAGCGUAAUUAUUUAAAUUUAUCAUAUUUGACGUUUGCUUAAACUCUUUGUUACAAUAAGUGAAAUGAU